GAGCGGCGGCGGCCGGAGGGACGAUGGGCGGCGCGGCGCGGGCAGGCCCGGCCCGGCUCGCCGCGCUCGUCCUGCUGGCCUGCAGCCUGUGGCCGGCGCGGGCGGACAACGCGAGCCAGGAGUACUACACGGCGCUCAUCAACGUGACGGUGCGGGAGCCCGGCCGCGGCGCCCCGCUCACGUUCCGCAUCGACCGCGGGCGCUACGGGCUCGACUCGCCCAAGGCCGAGGUCCGCGGCCAGGUGCUGGCGCCGCUGCCCAUCCACGGAGUUGCUGAUCAUCUGGGCUGUGAUCCUCAAACUCGGUUCUUUGUUCCUCCUAAUAUCAAACAGUGGAUUGCCUUGCUGCAGAGAGGAAAUUGCACGUUUAAGGAGAAAAUAUCACGGGCUGCCUUCCACAAUGCAGUUGCUGUAGUCAUCUACAAUAAUAAAUCUAAAGAGGAGCCAGUCACAAUGACUCAUCCAGGCACUGGAGAUAUUAUUGCUGUCAUGAUAACAGAAUUGAGGGGUAAGGAUAUUUUGAGUUAUCUGGAGAAAAACAUCUCUGUACAGAUGACAAUAGCUGUUGGAACUCGAAUACCGCCAAAGAACUUCAGCCGUAGCUCUCUAAUCUUCGUGUCAAUAUCCUUUAUUGUUUUGAUGAUUAUUUCUUCAGCAUGGCUCAUAUUCUACUUCAUUCAGAAGAUCAGGUACACAAAUGCACGCGACAGGAACCAGCGUCGCCUUGGAGAUGCAGCCAAGAAAGCCAUCAGUAAAUUGACAACCAGAACAGUAAAAAAGGGUGAUAAGGAAACAGACCCAGACUUUGAUCAUUGUGCAGUCUGCAUAGAGAGCUAUAAACAGAAUGAUGUUGUUCGGAUUCUCCCCUGCAAGCACGUUUUCCACAAAUCUUGUGUGGAUCCCUGGCUUAGUGAACAUUGUACCUGUCCUAUGUGCAAACUUAAUAUUUUGAAGGCCCUGGGAAUUGUGCCAAAUCUGCCGUGUACUGACAAUGUAGCAUUUGAUAUGGAAAGGCUUACCAGAACCCAGGCAGUUAACCGGAGAUCAGCCCUCGGUGACCUUGCCAGUGACAACGCCCUUGGCCUUGAGCCACUGCGAACUUCCGGGAUCUCACCUCUUCCUCAGGAUGGGGAGCUCACCCCCAGAGCGGGAGAAAUCAACAUUGCAGUAACGAGUGGUCACUUCUUUCAACGAAACUCCUUGUCUCCUCGGAGCCUGGUGUAUGAAAGUGAAUUCUCUACAAUCGAACCUUCUUUGGACAUGUAUGAUGAGAACAAAACCUGAUUUUUAAAAAGUGGGCUGUGGGGGUCACUUCGUUUGUGAUUUGAUUUAUGAUCACCUUUCUUAUUUUGUAUUCUCCUGUCAGCAUCCGUUUUAGAAGAAUGGCAGCACUGCCAAGCACAGGUUGGGGUUCAGGGUUACAUUGCAAAGCCCCCUGAGGCAAGGCUUUGAGGACUGUGUGAUUGCCUGGGGCCUCACGGUACUGAGCACCUGCCAAGCUGGCCGUGAACAUGGGCUCCCAGCAAGCCGGGCCAUUCCCGGGGACAAAGGGGACCAGGAGUUGAUGCUGCACCACAAACGUGUCCGAAUAAUCACAUGCUAUUCUGUGUCGGGGUGGCAUGGGGACUUUUAAAAAUACUUUUUGUGAUCCUGUCUUACAGUGCAUCCCAGAGCCUGCAGGUAAAGUUCCCUGCCCUUGCACAGUGAGUCACAGCUCUCUGAUGUGCUGUUCUGUCAUCUGUCUCGUCUUCCUGUGAGGGGCCUCUUUGCAUAGGAAGGUGAGCGAGAGCCUUGCCUUCGAACCUCCUUGAGACUCUGAGCACCCUUUCCCCCGAGCUCUGCCUCAGCGACAGAGGUCAGGACCAGGCUCUGUGCUUAGGCCUGGGCAGCUGUCCCCACUGGCGUUUUCCAGUGUCUGUGUCGAGCAUGAUGUGAGGUGACAAGUGUUUUUGUGGCCACGAAACACCCGAGGCCCCGUCCCCACGGCCUUUGGGCUUGUCCACUGGGCUGUACGGGGAGUGGCACUGGGGAGCCCAGCCCCCCGCCCCUCUGGGCACAGUGGGCACAGGGCGCAGCCAGCAGAUGCCAGCACCAGAAUGGUCUGGAACGUUUCACAAGACCUGGCCACGUUCCUGCUGCCAGGUCUCAUACCAGGAGCCCUCUUUCUGUCUUCGUUGGUCCGAUCUCAUCCCUGCCCCUGGCCUCGGCACCUGCGUGAAGAAAGCAUUGGAGCCUGGUCUCCAGGCUUCCAGAAAGCUGGGAGGACCCUGAGGGCAGGUGCUCUGCCCGCACAUCCAAGAUGGCACGGAGUUAACAUGACGAGAAACUUGUAUUCUGUGAAUAAUGGACCCAAGAGGAACAAAUUUACCAAACAUGUCUACGCAUCCUUUGCUAUAGUUCAGUCUGCUUCUCCUCGGCAGUGGGAGCUGUGUGCAGCCUGAGGUCUUCAGCGCCUUGCUGUGGAAAUGGUCCUUCAGUCUCCAGAUGCGCUGGAUUUGCCACCCAGAUGCCCUACCCUGUUAUUUUUAUUAGCUGUGUAGGAUGUAAGUUUGAAGUGAACACUUGCCAUCUUUCUGUGUAUGGCAUCUUUUCUUGUAAUAUGUUGUUAAGAUGCCUCAGACAUAGAUGUGCUCCAAACAAAAACCAUCAGAAGCCCGAGAUGGUGACACCCUUGGGGAACAUGACAGCACUGUGACCAGCAGCAUUUUCUCUUAUUAACUGAAGGCUGGCACAGGUAGAUAUUUAAGGUUUUAACUGCUUUUGCUUUCUACUCUCUACCAAGGGCUUUUGUUUAUUCGUUUUCCUUUUUAUAGUCUUUGUAAUGUAAAAAAUAUUUUUGAUAAGCAGUUUCAGUUUCACCAUGGUUCAGAAAGCCGAUGGUUCCCCACUGGGUUCUCGGUAAGAAAUGAGUUUUAAGACGAUCAGAACUCGCUUUGCCAGAGCUGUAGCCACACACUUGGGCUGGUGCUCGCACUGCUCACCAGGCAGGUGGGGUAACCGGGUUCCAAUUAUUGCCGGGCUGCCUGUCCUGCCCUUGUUUUCCCUGAAACAAAGCUCAGAUCCCUACGUAGCAUUUCCUCCUGAUUUGUGCAGUCGUAUGAAGCCAUGUACAUUAAUGUCACUGAGACAGUUCUUACUGAAAAGGAAUGAAAUUGCUUAAGAGGAAAUGUUUUUAAAUUGAAUCCUUAAAAUCUACUGGUAUAAUACUGAGUUUCUGGCAAAUCUGGGACAGAGUCACUGUAGAGCAGCCAAGGAGGCAUUGCUUCUGAGAGAAUUUACUCUGAGGAGCGCCUUGGAUCCCAGCUUGACCCGUUUUCCUGAAGAUCAGGGCCACCUUCCCACUCGGGACAGAAUGUCCUGUCUUUGUCAAGAAGGACACUAACUUCUUCCUCGAGGACACAAGCUUCGGACUAGAGAGGUGGUGUUCUUAUCCCAGACAGCAGCCUCCCUGCCAGCAGCUGUGCUGAAGGAAGUUCCUGUCGAGCCCCCAGGAACCCAUCUGGGAGCCACAGCCGCAGGGCUGCCUGCCGUGUCAGCCUUGGCAGCGGGCACCCUGUGCAAGCGGUCAGCUCCCUGACUGUGGCAGGCACAACCAGGGUGCGGGGAGCAGCUCCUCCGUCAAGGUGAGUGUCUCAGUUGCUCCGAGUCUUACCAGCAGUGGUGGUUAUCAGGAAGCGCACAGUUGUGCAGUAACCCUAACCAUUUCCAGGAGGGGACUAUGUGAAGAAAGGGAAGGGCUGAGGAGUGAGCCACGUGCACUGCAGACCCCCCGUCCUCCGAUGGACUGCUCGGACCUGGCCUGCCUCCCGCCUCGUCUGCCUACCACCUCACCCUGCUCCCAAGGUCCAGCGGGGCGCAAAACCGUGCUGUGUGCUCCAGGACUUCUGUGGGCAGGGUCAGAGUGACAGGAUGCCAGGCUUGUGGCAGAAGGACCUUGGCCAUCCCACAGGAGGAGCACACAGCCUCCAUCCCUGUCACCCUGCAGCGAGGGAGAGCCUGCUAUGCCAUGGUGGUGAGCAUGUCUGCCCAGGCCCUGCCUCUGCUCUGCCGGCUCCUGCUGCCUUGACUUUAUCUCACAGCUCCUCUCAGUCCCAGGCCUGGCCUGGAGGAAGACCCGUUAGGCAAGUUGCUGCACCCUGUCUGGCCCCGUGGCUGAGACUGCACUUCCUGGCUACCCAGAAGGUUCCAUCAGAGAAGUAGUAAACAAAAUGAGUUGCUGAAUUUUACUAAUUUGACACAUCCUAAGAGCUUGAUAAACCUUUCUCAUAUUUUUAUUGCUUCUCACAUGCAGUGCAUUCAUUGAUGUACAUCCUUAAAUGACACUGGUUUUAAUUGAAGAAAAAGCAACACAUUCUCUUGCUGUUACCAUUGCUGUUGGGGCUUGGGCAGUGGUUCUGCUACAGAAGAGCAAGGAGCUGAUGUAUGUGUCAAGAGUCACUUUGACAAGAGGUUGCUGCUCACAAAUGUCAUGGAACAAACCUGCUAAAUUUCAGGAUGUAGCUUUUAGAAGGACAAAGGUAGAGCAGUACAGUUAGAUUUGCCCAUAGACUUCAUUAAGUUUCCUCACUGUGACCAAUGCUUAUCUGUAGAGUGUAGGCGAGUUCAGUGACUGACAUCCCCGGGCCUGAGGAUGUGACUCAGUGGUGGAGUGGAUGCUCAGCAUGGAAGAGGCCCUGGGUUCCACCCCCAGUGCACACACAUGCACACGCACACAUGCGUGCACAUUUUGGCUAGUCUAAAACACCAGCAGUGUAAGACCGUGGGCCUUACCAAACGCUCUGAGGAGCUGACUACAGCAAAGAUCACCCAGGAGGGAACACACCGGACAAGUUGGAAAGUAAAACAGACCUUUAUUAGUCUGGCC